GCCACUGUUUGCGUCUACUUACCUGUCUUUAUGUGUCACAUAAGAGGUGAAGUGCAGCACUGAGGAGAGGCAGAGAAAGGUGGGAUUAUAUACAUGGCAGGUUAAAGGCGCAGACAGGGAGGAAGGAGGACAGGAUGGGAGGAAAAAGCGACAGGGAGAGGCUUAAGAUUACAGAGGAGAGCUUCCCCUUUCUCGCCCAGUUCGGUUGUGAUGUCUGAUAGUUAAUGUUCAUGUUCAGAGUCUCUUGUAAAACCUCCAGGAUGUUCUUCCACCACUGAUCAAACUCUCGCCUGAGAAUCGAGGAACCCCAGACUUGAAGGAAGGUGACGCAGAAGUGACAUCCAAGGACUGGUGGACAAACAAGAAUCCCAGAGAUAUCUAAUCUGGACAUGGGACCAAGAGAUUGAGUCCCAGCAAGGCAAACAAGAUCAGGCGUGAGGCCGGACAAGUGUUCAACAGGAGAGAAAGAGAGAAAGAGAGAAAGAGAGGGGAAGUGGCAGAUGGUGGACAAACAAAAUUAGCAGCCAGUGCGAGAGCCUGUACCGAACAACUGAAGAGAGAUCAAGGUCGCUCCUUCUAACCUCAUUAAAAGAGAGGUGCAUAGUCGUUGGAGGUUGAUCUAGGAGACCCGAUCAACAGAAGAGACGAGAGACGGGAGAGAAGGGAGAGAAGGGAGGGGAGAGGAAGAAUUACAAGAGGGCGCAUGUUGAAAGAAGCCUCUUAAGUCUGGGAGCUGGAAUUAGAGCCACAGAAACGACAGAGGGAAACCCACAAAACCACAGUGAAGAUGCCGGCCAACGGGAAUCGUCCUCUGAAGCUGCAGUUUGGUCUCAUCAACCACGAGGGUCGUUACCUCACAGCCGAGGCCUUUGGCUUCAAGGUGAAUGCGUCUGCUGUCAGCCUAAAGAAGAAGCAGAUUUGGACUCUGGAGCACGACUCCCAGGACUCCCAGGUCAUCUACCUGCGCAGCCACCUGGGCCGCUACCUGGCCUCCGACAAGGACGGCAAGGUCACGUGUGAGGCUGACGGCCACAACUCCGACUGCCGCUUCCUCAUCGUGGCUCAGUCGGACGGCCGCUGGGCACUGCAGUCUGAGCAGCACCUCCGUUUCUUCGGCGGCUCGCGGGACUACCUGUCCUGCUUCGCCCAGUUCAUCACAGACGGCGAGCUGUGGGCCGUGCACCUGGCUCUGCACCCACAGGCCAACCUGCUGUCCGUGGCCCGCAAGCGGUACGCCCACUUGUCCUCAGAGGACGGGGAGAUUGCCGUGGACAUGAACAUUCCCUGGGGGGUGGCGGCGCUCCUCACUCUCGUCUACCUGGAUGGGAAGUACUGCCUGAAAACCUGCGACGGCCGCUUCCUCGGCAACGACGGGAAGCUGUUGACGCAGAGCGGCAGGUCCACGGCAUACACGCUGGAGCUGAAGUGCGGAAAGUUGGCCUUUAAAGACUGUGAGGGGAAGUAUUUGUCUCCCAUGGGGCCCACGGGAACACUGAGGUCAGGACGCUGCUCCAAGCCGGGCAAAGAUGAACUGUUUGACCUGGAGGAGAGUCACCCGCAGGUGGUUCUGAUGGCGGCUAAUGGGCGAUACGUCUCCAUACGACAAGGGGUCAGCCUCGCGGCCAAUCAGGAAGAUGAGACGGACAUGGAGACGUUCCAAAUGGAGAUUGACAAGGAGAGCAGGAAGUGCACUUUCCGAACCAGCCAGGGGAAUUACUGGGCACUGGUGGCUCACGGAGGAAUCCAGAGCACGGCCACGGAAGUGUUAGCAAACACUAUGUUUGCAGUGGAGUGGCUCGGCCACAAGGUGGCGUUAAAAGCCAACAAUGGAAAAUACAUCUGCACCAAGAAGAAUGGACAACUGCUGGCUGUUAGUGACUCCGUAGGUGAGGACGAGCUGCUGACCCUGAAACUGAUCAACCGGCCCAUGUUGAUCCUGAGAGGAGAGAACGGCUUCAUCUGCCACCACAAGACCUCCAACACGCUGGACGCCAGCAGAUCGGUCUACGACAUCUUCACCCUGCAGUUCAGCAACGGCGCGUACCACAUUAAAGGGGUCACCGGUCACUUCUGGUACGUGAACAGCGCCGGGCUGGUGUGUGCGGACGGCGAGGCCCCGGAGGAUUUUGCAAUCGAGCUGCUCGAGCACGGUCGCCUCGCCAUACGCGGGAAGAACGGCAAAUAUCUGCGAGGAGACCAGGGAGGGACGCUGAAGGGGGACGGACUCAGCCUGAGCGGCUCGGCUCUGUGGGAAUAUUAGAAAACAAUCCAGGGGCUUGACUCUUCGUCACUGAGGUGAUCUGACGUUCAUCACGACUCAUCUACAGUUUUUAACUUCACGUCCACGUUUGUCCUCGUCGGUUCUGCUGUAGCAGAAAUAAUCUGGAAAAAGACACAUGAACGUGGAUUAUCAGAUGAGAGAGUUCUUGAAGACUUUGUGUUUUUGUCCAGGAAAAGUUUGCUGCAAGAGGAAACUAUUUCAAUUUCAGAACGUACAUCCAUCAGUGUGAUAUACAGUCAGGCUACAACGAUUAAUUAACAAUUAUUAAUCAAUUACUUCAUUAAUCCUGAACUAUUUUGAUAGUUUGAGUGUUGUUUUAAAGGACCAAAACAUGAGAGCACAUUAAUGAGCACUGAGCCCAAACUUAAACAAAUAUGAAGUGUUAAUAUGGGAAAAAAAAUCACAUAUAACAUAAGACACUUUCAUUUUAAACUAAUAAUACUAAACAAGUGCAAUAAUGGCAAUAAAAUUAGGAUUAAAGUGUAAGGUUGCAACAUGAAUUGUCAACUAUUUUGAUAAUAGAUUCAGGGUUUGAGUGUUUUCUAAAUUAUUAAAACAAGUUUCUCUGGUUUUUCAGAUUCCUUUCUGGUUUUAAAAAGUAAUUAAAAAGUGGAUCAUUUUGGUUUGUGGACAAAUCAAGAUAUUUGAGAACAAAAGUAUUUUGAGAUCAACAUUUUUAUGGACCACAGAUUACAACAGAUUAGGACAAUAAUAAUUGGUUACAUUUUGACCAGUUAGAUUUUAGUUAGGCUGGAUUAAGGAUUUAAAGCAAUGAAUGGACAAAUGUAUUCUAUAAACUCCCUUAAAAGUGCAGGAUAAAAUGUACCAUAACUCAUUUUUAAGAGAAGUUUGACUUAAACACAGCAGAACUAAGAAAAAGCAGAAAAACUGAGAUCACAGCUUUCAAUGGACAUGUUGAGGACACAUCGUUUUGACAUUUUCUGACAUUUUCUGACAUUUUAUGGACCAAACGACUCAUGGAUUAAUCAAUGGUUAGCUGCAGCCUUAUUAUUCCAUAUUCAUCUUCCUUCCGCUCCUUCUACAGCAAGUUAGUAUUGCAGGUGUCACAGUGUUAGUGAGUGUAGGCGGUGACUCAGUGUGCCAUUUGAGACACAGACAUACUGUAUGAGUGAGGUCACCGUCGUUAACAUGGUGUUUACUGCCGGACGUUGUUCACGAUCACCUGAACAAACAGUAAGACAACACUAGAGUUUACAUGUCACCCAUAGUAAUAGCAUCAUUUCAACCUGUUAAGUGUUAUCUCAUUCCAAUUUUUCCACAGGAUCCUCUGUUAAUAAUUAUAUUUUUCUCUCUCUUUAUUAGCAUGAAAAUGUGGUAAAAAAAAAAUAAACAUGUAUGGCUGGUAAUGUUGGGUUUGUGAUGCUCAUUUAAUUUAAUCCCCUUCUUUGUAAAAUUCUCCCAGGUUUUAUACAUGUUUACAGGUUUCCUAUUAAUUGUUUUUCUGAUUUUCCUCCUCAUACCACCAGAGGAAGCUCGCGUACCACUGGUGGCACAUGUACCAUAGUUUGAGAACCAUGAGGGUUAGAACCUAUAGCUUUAAUGGACGUUAACCACAACAUAGAUUCGAAGGUUUUCUGCAUUAGCUGGUAGCGACGGGACUUGCCUGGCGUCUACUUCUGAUCCGCUUUGUUUGAAUAGCCCAGACCUAUGGUUCUCAAACUGUGGUAUGUGUACCAUUAGUGGUGCAUGAGCUUCCUCUGGUGGUACUUGGUAUAAAAAGUUUGAGAACCACUGGCCCAGGAGCAUAAUAUUGGAUUAGCCGCGCCCAUUAACAGCAGCUCAUCUCUCAUGAUUCUGGCUUAACUUUGAAUCUUUGGGCUCUGAGCAGCUGUCAGGGUUACAUCCCAGUUUCAAGCAAGCUUCACCUGAAUAUGUAGCCACUAGGUUUAGUGACAGUCAUUUUUAAGCACGCUAAUUGGUAAAGUGUGUAAUUUGCAGGCUCACACCUCUUUCAACAAGUGGUUUCCAACAUAAUUAACAUUUACUUUUCUUUACCUCCUGUGAAAAAAGAAGUCGUUUAUAAUGUCGUUGCAUGUAGAUCAUUUGGUAGUUUGUAAAAUUAAACAUUGAGCAAAAUAA